GGAAAAUAUCAGUCACGAAAAAUUCGUAUGCGCUCGAACUCAUACUUACUUAUAGUUAACGAAAUGCGGCUACACCGCAGCACAGAAAAAUAAAAUCUUCAACAUAAAUUUGGAUAAGUUGAAUCUCGUUACGACUCGACGAAAUAAAUCUCACUAAAAGCAACUCGCAUUCGUGAUGGAGUUUGAAACAAGUGACAAUAAACUGACUACUGAGGACGUCGCAGCAGUGUAUUAUUUGACGACAUCGGUCGACACUACGGAGGAUAAAGAUUUUCUAAAGCUGUCAGCAAAAUACGAAGAGGAAAUAUUUAACGUUUGGAUCAAGCCCUCGAAGCCGCGUAGUAAACUGGAGUCAUCAGCGUCAUGGCCCAGAUUUAAAUUUCGUAAAUUGGAUUUUGCUGUCGAUGGCGUUAAACAAUCGUCUGUCUCGUUAAAUAUUGCUCUGUCAAUGUUUCGCGAAUUUCUCACGAUCGUACCGAAGAAAGUUUUGCUCGUUACCCAUGCCCCAGAAAUUGAAUUUACGCUUUUAUCUCAAGCCAUUAAAAAAGUAAAUAUGACGAAUACGUUCCAGAAGGUUAUUGUCGGUUUUUCAAAUACUGUCCCACUUUUCCGACAAAUCAUAUCGAAUCGGACAAAUUUUGGGGGGGUGACACUACCGAAUCUAUAUACAACUUUGCUGAAGAAAGAAUACGUGCAUCAGUGGCCCGAAGCAGCGUAUGCUUUAAAUUGUCUGGAAGAGCUUGUUUCCACCCAUUUAUCCGCAUCUAAGCUUAUUGACAGUCGUGUUUUGCUCGCCCUUUCACCAGAAUCUUCAACUCCGUUAUCUGCUGAGGAAGAAACAGAGAAUCCAGAGUAACCAAUUUUGACGAUAAAGCUGAUUCGAACGACUCUCGAUGAAACGAUCCUAUCCGCAUGAACGAAUCAAAAUUCGGAAUAAUUUGAAAAAUGAUGUGCUAACAUCCAAAAAUAUCAAAAAUUUUAAUAAAACAUUUUAUUGAUUCUCGUUAA